AUGGCGAGCGUGCUGUCCAGGCGCCUGGGGAAGCGCUCCCUGCUAGGCACCCGCGUCUCUGCCCCCGGCGCCUUGGCCGACGGGGAGCUGGUGGCCACCCAGAUCCCCGGCUUGCAGACCGACCUCAGCCGGACGUCUGCCUACGCGGUGCCACAAGAGGAUGGAUCCUGUGUGCCGUUGGCGGAGGAGAGCAGCCAGGCAUCCACGUUCCCCAGCCCCGACCGGCGGCAGCUCCACACGGGGCAGCAGGUCCUCGUCACCUACAACGGGCGGGAGUGUGCCGGUCUCAUGGAGCAGCACAACCCGCUGAGCGACAAGGCGAAGGUGCUGCUGCCGGAGCAGGGCUUGCAGGCGUGCUGGGGGGCACAGGAUGUGCCCGAGGUGCUGCAGAGAUCCGUGUCCAGCAAUAUCGAUGUACCCAAGAGGAAGGCUGAUGCUGCGGUGGAGAUGGAUGAGAUGGUGGGAGCCCUGGGCACCCCGGGGGUGCAGGCCCCCCCCGCCGGUGAGACCAGCAUCCCCCCCUCACGGGUGGCAUGCGACCCCUGGAAGGAGAGCGGCGACGUCUCAGACAGCAGCCCCAAGUACUCCAGCGAAGCCCUGAGCUCCCCCCAGGCGGAUGACGGCUUUGAGACCGACUCUGACCCCUUUCUCCUCGAUGAACCUGCUCCGCGCAAGAGAAAGAACUCGGUGAAGGUGAUGUACAAGUGCCUGUGGCCGAGCUGCGGCAAGGUCCUGCGCUCCAUCGUCGGCAUCAAGCGGCACGUCAAGACCCAGCACCUCGGGGACAGCGCAGACUCCGACCAGCGGAAGCGGGAGGAGGAUUUCUACUACACCGAAGUACAGGUGAAGGAAGAACCAGCACCAGAGGUGGCUGCCGCUACCAGCCCCACGUCCGCAUCCGCGCCUAUCGUCAUCCAGCAAACGCUGGCGAAACCGGAGGCGCUGCUGGUGGAGCAGCCGGUGCUGGAGCCCGCCCUGGCCAGCAGCGCCCUGAGCCAGUCUGCCCCCAGCUCCAUCUGGCACAUCCAGGCUGAUCACGCCUACCAGGCGUUGCCCUCGAUCCAAAUUCCAGUGUCCCCACACAUCUUCACCAGCAUCAGCUGGGCCACUGCCACCUCGACUCUCCCGUCCCUGUCACCGGUGCGGAGCCGGUCGCUCAGCUUCAGCGAACCCCAGCCACCAACGCCGAUGCUCAAGUCCCACCUGAUCGUCGCCUCGCCGCCCAGGGUGUCCAUUGGCACCAGGAAAGUCCGUGGUGAAGCCAAAAAGUGCCGUAAGGUGUAUGGCAUCGAGCACCGGGACCAGUGGUGCACGGCUUGCCGGUGGAAAAAAGCCUGCCAGCGUUUCCUGGACUGA